ACUUCUUCCAACGUGCAUUUCUCUAAAGAAUAAGGCUUGAGAUGAUUCACGUUUCCAGAACGCCGGAGUUCUCCAAUUGUGGAAACAUUAAUUCAAUUUCAAUGUGCUCAUCCGCUGACCAAGGCCUGGACUCUAUGGCAGGAGCCAUAAGCAGGCAAAGGUCUCACUCCUAUUACAAUCCAGAGGACUGUAAGAACUAUGGUGUGCAGACGCAGACAGAGGAAACCCAUCUAAGACCUCGCUCCAGGUCCUUUUACAGUUUUGAGACGUCAGAGCUUUACUCUGGCUAUGAUGUGGGAAACUUCGCAAUGUCCAAUCCAUUGACGCAGAGGACCAGCAUCCUACAGCAGUAUCAAAUGAACAAAAAGGAAAAGAGAGAAGGGGAUGGAGCUGGUGUUCGACUCCCCUCUAAGAAAUCCAAGUCUAAACCAAAGAAGCGCUCGCCAUCAAGUGAACUUAAUGGCAGUAAAGGCAAUCUGAAAUCAGUGUCCAUGAUCACCAUCUCUGAGUCGGACAACUGGGAAAUCAGCUCCAGCUCGGGGAUGAAGUACGGACAGUUUGUGGACUGGGAGAAGAUUGACCCAGAGGCCGCAGAGAGAUACCAGCAGAUCCUGAAGAGUGAUCACCAGCAGCUGAAAACGAUGGGCCGCGAAGGAUUCUGGGCCACGCCUCACACACUCCGGGCCAAAGCUUACUAUCACAUCAUCCACGGCAUCAAUUCCAGUGGGUCUGUCACUCCAGACAGAGAUGUCUACCAUGAACAGGCCAAGACGCUCUUUGGGGAACAGAAAAUCAGCACCCAUCCAGUCCCAGAGUACAUGGAGGCAGGAGAAAUACCCAGAUACUGUCUCAACAAAGCGGGCAUGAACUCUGUUAAAAAGAUCCUGCUUUGCCUUGGCAAGUACUUCCCGGACAUGAACUUCUGCCCCAUCCUGCCUGAACUGGUCUCCCUCAUCCUCCACUUCAGCGAGGAUGAAGCUGAGUGUUUCCACAGCGUGUCCCGACUUAUCUGCUACAACGACCCCAACAAGCGUUACAUCGACCAGACCUUCCUCACCUACCGCGCCUCCUGUAUGACCUUUGGAGACCUUGCCAACAGGUGUUGCAGAGGUAUCCGCAAGCUGAUUGCCAGCUCCCACCAGAACCUCUUUGAGUUUUACUCUGACUGGAUCAUGUGGAUAUUUGCUGACCUUCCAUUCACGUAUGCCAUCAGAGUGCUGGACGUCUACCUAUUGGAGGGCUACAAGGUCCUGUACAGGGUGGCACUGGCUUUGCUCAGCCUCUACAAAGUAUCUGUGUCAUCUCGAGUGGCAGACGUGGAGGACUUCAGGACAGAUAUGAAGAGGUUUGUGGAGAACGUAGCUCGCCAUUGCACGGCUGAGAAGCUUCUAGAAAGGGCCUUCAUGAUUCCGAUGGCCACGCGGAGAGAGCUCAACCUCCUGUUCAAUGCCAAUAAGGACUCUCUCAUGCAAAAAGGCGUCAGCAUACACCAGAAGAGGCAAUCAGUUGAGACAGUGGACUUUAACAAGUUCACCUCCAGUGUUGUGACAGGGACCGAGAUGAGAGUGGUCUGGGCCUGGAUACCUGAGCGCUUUGCCCUUUUCAGUCCCAUUAGGCUGUUUAAUACAGCCCAACAUGGACGAAGUCUCGCUUCAUUCUAUUCACAUGUGGAGGGACAUGAACCAGCCGUCUUGAUUAUCAAAACUGCGGAUGAAGAGGUCUUUGGUGCCUUCCUGUCAACUGAUAUGAUAGAAAGAAGAAAGCACGACUCUGGGGGACUUACCUAUUUUGGAACUGGGGAAUGUUUCGUGUUUACGCUUCGUCCCAGCAUGGAGCGCUACCAGCAGGCUAUGGUCAACAUUAUGACCAGACGCGCUUCCCCUCAGCAGGUUCAUGUGAGCAAUGGUGUCUCUUCUGAGGUAUCCGGUAGCAGCAGCUGCUCCCCCAUCAUCUCCACCACAGCCACCACAACUCUGACUUGUCCUGCUGGAACCCCCCAGGACCCCAGCUUCCUGACGAUCCCCUUCACUGCCCCAUCAGAGGAAGCCAUGACUGCCAAAGAGCCAAAGAGACCAAAGGAACAAGAAGCCUCCAUGUUCAUAGCAGGCAACGACAGUCAGCUCCUUAUCGGUGGCAAUGGGGGCCACGCACUCUGCUUACAGGAAGACCUGCAGGGAGGAUACUCAGAGCCUUGUGACACAUUCAAGAGCAUCCCACUCUGCAAGGGACAUUUCAAGAUUCAAGCACUGGAAGUGUGGGGCAUCCAGAACUCUAUUUCCUUUUCUCACCAGUGAAAACUCCCCUUUUUCACUGGACUUGAUUUUUAUGUAAAUUUCAAACUUUUUUGUAACAUGCACAUUUAUGUGUAUUGUGAAGCAACUGAGUGACUUUUUACUUGACUUUUUAUAGACAUGUCAAGUAUAUUUGUAUAUCUUUAUAUCACAUAUAUUGUCUUACUGGACUUUACAAGCCCACAGAAACUAUGGUUCCCAUCUCAGGAAAGCUCUGUAAAAACACAAAUAAAAUGAAUCCUUCGAAUCUUAUCACAGAAGGGAGGAUGAGGCGUGCCAGCUACGAGAGCAAGCAUGUAGUGCAAUGCAAUAAGCAGUAAUGAAUCGAGGAGGAUUGGUGUGAGGGUGGUGUGUGGGCUCUGAGGCUCCUAGAUUCAUCAUGAUUAAAAUCAAUCACCAGAAGAUUUAUUCAUUUCAUUUCUUUGUGUAGACAUAAUCUGUGGGCAACAAAACAGUACCUUUACAAGAUGCAGCGUAUACCUUCUUCUUUGUUGUUUUUUUUUAUUGUGCAACUUAUCUGCAUUUCAUAAGCAAUGAAACAUCAUACAGUUUUUAUCAUGUGGUGAUCAGUUGUUUGUCUUCUCAGUGUCUAAUAAUGUAUUCAGAUAUGUGACGUGAGCAUGUUUUUUACUGUAUAUGUAAUGAGAACCAAAGUAAAUGAGUUUCAGUCUGAAAAAAAAUAUUUCUUACUU